CGUUUCAUUAUACUCAAAAUUAAGCAAAAUUCAAAUAGUAAAUUCGAAAUCUGUAUCUUCUUAAGACUCUUCGCAAUGUUGGAACUCGUGGUAUUAUUUCUUCUUAGUUCCGUUUCCUUUUUCGUGGCCCAUGUGGAGAAACCAACAUCUUUUUCGGGCUACAAAGAUGCCGCUUGUCCCAUUGCCAUGGGCAUACUCGCCGCUGGAUUGGUGUACAAAAAUCGGUAAAAGGCAAAGGGUUUUUAUUGAAAAAGAUGACUUUAUUUUGGCUGCAGAUAAAAAAAAAACUAAAAAUGAAGUAAAAUCAUUAAAAAUCAACG